GAGUUUCCGUUUCUUACCAUUUCCCAUCCACCGUCGGGCCUGAUUCGUCACUUUGGAAGCGCCGUCGCGGCAAAGUCGGUCAAGUUGUUAGACAAAAACGUGACAGGUGAGGUCGCCUCACUAACCCAUCACUUGAGUUCUUCCAUUGGCUCGGGACAAUAAUCACUUGACUCUCCACGCCUAUUUUUAUCAGACAACGCCAGUUUGCGCGCAGCUUGGUGGCUGGAGCUUCGUAGCGAGGCGCUUACGCACAUGCAAAAUGUCGGUUGUGAUGCUCUAAUUGGUUAUCGCGAGGAAUGCGCAAUUUACGAGGAUGUUUGUGUGCUCUCCGUCUAUGCAACAUCGGUCAAGCUCAACCAGAUGUGGAUUCACGCCACCGCCAUCCCUCAACAGGCUUCCGCACGGCUGUCCACACCGUCAACGUCAUCAGCAUCAAAAGAAGGUUCAACGAGUGGCGGUGUGAGUGCCUUCCAGGCCACCCGCGAACAUGGUGCCGAGGUGUCAGAGGACAAUCUCAAUGUUCCUAAUCUUGACGGGGAUGCGAAAUUUUCUCCCCUAAAUUGUGUCAGACCUCAACUUUCUUUUGUAAUGCGAGAAAACUUUGAAUGCGGCCCUAUCACGCACGAGACUGUGCAUCAUGCCAGACAGACUCCCUUUAUCAGAGGAAACUGCCAUUAUCCAUAUUUUAGGGCUGAUUGCAGCAUUUUUCACAUACCAUCAAUCAACCAGGCCUUGCCAUCAAACAAGUACAUGCGAUGUCGCGUGUGUCUGACUGCCUCCGUUCCCGAAUUUCUAAUUUCUUCAACCGAGUUCCCUCCUGAACUACCAGUUAUGGGGAGCCCAUCAUUUAUACAGGUUGGGUAA